AUGGAAAAUAGUAAAACUUAUUAUGGUAAUGCUUAAUCAUCGAAAUUUCAGUAAAAAUUUUAGAUUCCAAAUAUGUCAUAUAGUGUACCAAAAAAAUAUGAUAAACUUAUUCAUAAAACUACACAAAUUCCAAGAAUAUCAAUAGAGCGUUUGAUUGAAAAAAUGGAUUAAGAUAAUGAUGGAUGGAUUAAAAAAGAAGACAUAUUAAUCUUUAGUUAAAAGAAUUAUUUAUUUUUUGAAGAAGAAGUAAUAUUCUUUUUAUUUUAAGUUAGCAUAAGCCAUGAUAGAUGAAGCAAUUAGUAAAAGAAUUGUAGCAUUCAAGGAUUAAUUAAAAGAACCCAUUAAUAUUGAUGAAAUAUUAGGAGCAGGUAUUUUUAUUAGUAUAUCUAACAGUUUAAUUACAUUAUGUUUUAAAUUAAGAUCAUAUUUGGGUAGAAAAAUCAAGACCAUUUAGAGAUCAUUGGAUUUAAUUAUUACUAGCAGCAGGUGAAAAAUUACCAAAUAAUCAUGAUUUGCCACCUGUUAAAAUUAGUAAAGUGCAUGAUAUGCAUGAAAUGGAAACAUUUCCUUUUAAACCAAAGUUGAAUUCUUCUUAGUCACAAAUUAUUCAUACUUCUGAAUUAUAAGAACCUCGAUAAUUUCCAGAACAAUAACCAGAAGCUGGAAUUAUAUUACAAGAAACUAUGAUGAUUAAACCAAUAAAUAAUGGAAGCAUUAAAGAACAGGAAAUUGAUAAUCCAUUCGAAAAAGUAGUUAAUUCUAAAUUGUAAUUUCUAUUUAUUAUUAUAAUAGGAGUAACAAUGAUAAAUAAUAAGCUUAUCCUACACUUAGAUUCGAAACUUAAGCUUAUUAUAAUGAAGCGGAACGUUUAAGCAAAGAACCAAAACUAUGUAAAUCUAAUAGGAAUCCUAUUUAUAAAUUUAUGCCUGAAAACUUAAAUUAUAAGGUAGAUAAAAUAAAUUCCUCAAAAUAAUACUAAGAUUACAAUCAAACAUAAUAAUUAGGAUAAACUGCUACUAAAUAUCUUUCUUAACCUUUUUUAUCGAAGAAACCAUAUCAUGGUUUAUCGGAAACAGGCUUUUAAACAAAUGAUUCAAAGUAUUUUCAACCAAAAUAAACCAAAAAAUAACUCAAACCAGAUUAAGAAACUGAUAAACCUAUUUUCUAUGCUACUUUUAAACCUGAAGAUGUUUAAACAUUAAAAAAUAAAUUGGCUAAUUUAAAAUAGAGAGAGAAGGAAAAAUUGUAAGAUUUCUACAAUCCUCCAUCAACUCAUAAAUUUAGAGAUGAAGUACUUGAUAAGAAGAAAACGUUGUUUAAAGUAAUUUUAUUCAUAAUUAUAGACAAGAAUUAAGCCUGAUCCAUUGACUAAUCCUCAUAUGAUGUCUGAACAUGAUUAAAGACCAUAAUUUGCUAUAGAAGAAGACGAGAAAAAAUAAAUGAAAGAAGUAUAGAGAUAAUAAGAUUACAUAGAUGAUUGUAUGGGAACACAUAAAUAAACAAAAUAAUGGGUUAAAUAUUUUCCAACAACAGAUUUAAAUCAUAAUUUUGUCGAUCACAAAAGGCCAAACUUUUUAGAUAAAGGUAACUAUUAGGAGCCAGGUUUAAUUCUGUUUUAAUUUUUAAGAGAAGGUGCAAGUGCUAAAGUAUUUUGUUUUUUAUUACUAAGGACGAUUUUCAACUUUUUCAUAGAUAAUUAAGAACGAAUGA